UGACGAGAUGUGCAUUAAUAUUACUCGGCACCGACAUCAUUCUAACGCCUUGUCAAGAUGGGUAGAUGGGGAAGAAUUGUUUUGGGGGGGGACGAAAGGAAAGCAAAUGACAAAGAAAGGAGAAACGAAAGGGUGCGUGCGUGUGAAAGAGAGCGGUAGGUGAACGAGCGGAUGAAGAUGGCUUUGUGCCAUUCUCCUGAGCUCACUUUCACGCACUUGAUCGUGGUUUAGUAGCAGGGUCGACACCAAAGAUCCUAUAGCAGAGCUCUACUAUAGGAUCUUUGGUCGACACGACGGGAGCAGUGUUUCAAUUCAUUUUCAUUCUCUCUCUCUCAUAAUCUCUCAAGAACGACAAUUUUGGAGGAAAAAAACAGCAGUAACUUUUGCUGCAGAGAGAUUUCAGGAGCCAUUGUUUCUGUCAUUGAGAGGAUUGCUGACCACACAAACUCCGGCAUCAUUUUACCUCUUGUCAGAUAAAAAUGAAUGCAUUUCCAGAAGGGUAACUGACAGAAGGAGACCAUGGGAAAUUCAUAUGCUGGGCAAUUGAAAUCUGCGCGUUUUGAAGAGGCUCUUCACAAUUCAAUCGAAGCGUCACUUCGUUCCAACAGUAUUUCUCCUGAACCAAUUUUCUCUCAGCUUUACCUUGAAUCCGAUAAACCACCUCUGUCCCCUCAAGAUGUCAAACCAAAGAUAGAGGAACUUAAUAAAGAAAUUGAAGUACAUCGUUAUACGCAGAGUAGCUCUUCUGGAUUCCCAGCUAUACAAGUUGGCAAUGGACUGGAUAAUGAGGAGGAGGAGGAAGAAGAGGAAAUGUCUGAGUCAAACAGCCCACCUAUUGCCUACAUGCAGAAACAUGUUCCAGAGGGAUCCUGCACUACUGAUGGUUACUGCCAGGCUGGCAAGGACUUGCGCUUGGUAUCACUCUCUGCAGAACAAAUUGACAUUCCACCAGGCUUUGUGUUGGUGGGAGCCAAAUCUCCAAAUCUUCCUGAGCACAUUCUGAUCUGUGCAGUUGAUAAGCGAUUCCUGCCAGAUGACAAUGGAAAGAAUGCACUUUUAGGUUUCUCGGGAAACUGCAUAGGCUGCGGGGAGAAAGGAUUUCGGUACUUCACUGAGUUUUCCAAUCACAUCAACUUAAAGCUGACAACCCAGCCGAAGAAGCAGAAACACUUAAAAUAUUACCUCGUCAAAAACUCGCAAGGUGUUUUCUCAAAGGGACCUUUAAUUUGCUGGAAAGAAUGCCGGACUCGUCAAUUGCCCAGCAGUUACUCGUCUGCAGUAACUUCAACCAAGAUAGUUACCACAGUUGUUGGAUCCACCACAUCUUCUCCGAAUAUUGACACCGUCUCAUCUAGUGUUUGCAGUACCACCAUUGCCAGCUGUCAGACCGAAUCAACAUUCAGCUAUGGUUCAGCAGCAUCUUCUGCCGGCUUUUCUGGAUGUCAGGACCUGUCCAGGAGUGGAAAUGUAGCAAAACCUGUUACAAUAGCUGCACAACAACUUGUGAAGCCUCCAACUUCAGCUCCCUGUGCAAAUAACCAGCCACCUGGGUCUAUGCGAGUUAAUGGUAAUCCUAAUAGUAACGGCAAUAGUGGAAAAUCCAAUGUUUUCAAUGCUGCUCGACCUCAACCUCUCUCAACAUCAUCAAGUCCUGGCUUGGCAUCAGGAGAAAAUAGCAUCAUGACAAGCUCUGGACCACCUAAGAAGCGUCAUCGUGGCUGGUCACCUGGUUCCCCCAUUGCUGCGCCUACAGUAGUCCCUGUUCCAGCUGUGAGACCAGUGAUGCGACCUGAUGCUAUGGCACCCAUGCCUGUUCUUCAGACAAUGUCACCUGGAGUCUUGCAGCCUCAGGCAAUACCUGCAGGGGAGACUGUUAUCAUCCCUGACAAUUUAUUAAACAAUUCUGGAGUGAGACCUGUUAUUCUGAUGGGUUAUGGUUCUUUGCCAUAUUUUUAUGGCAACGUUGGUGAUAUUGUAGUGAGUCCCCUACUUGUGAAUUGUUACAAAUUUCCACAGCCGACAUCAGCUGAGCUGGAACAACUGGGAAUUUCCAACGGCCAGAUACUAUCAGUGGAAAACAUGAUCCUCUUAACAAUACAAUAUCUGAUUCAUCUUGGUCCAGACCAAAUGCCGCUCAGGGAAGAAUUUGAACAGAUUAUGCUGAAAGCUAUACAGGACUCGAGCCUCAAAGACCGAUACCUGCAGCUGGGAGCCCCUUGUUCCACUGUGUCUCCAGGGCAGUUACCCUGGCUGGCCCGCCUUGCCGCCAGUGUGUCGAGAGAUCUGGUGCAAGUUGUUUUUUCUCAGAAUUCUCUAGCAGAGGGCAUCUCUGAGACGUUAAGAACAUUUGGCGAUGUGCAUCUUCAACAGAAAGUACCAAACUAUGUGGUCGUCAUUUGUACGUCAAAGAUCAGAGGCAAUGAAUUUUGUGUGGUGGUUUUAGGUCACUAUCAAUCCAGAGUUUUAGCCGAGAGUAUGCUCACCACCACUGAGUUUCUGAAGGAAAUCAGCUACGAACUAAUUACAGGAAAAGUCAGUAUUUUGGCAUCCCAUUUCAAAACCUCCCCCUUUGGAGAUAACGUAGACAAAUUCCUGGAUAAAUUUCAGCAAAACAGAAACAACAGUGUUGCCAUUCCAUUCAAUGGAAAUGUUUCUGAAUACAUUCCGUCAAAUGAAGCGGCAGCAAUGACAUCAAAGCAAGGAAUUGAUUCACUUACGGAAGUGUUCCAGAUUCAUCUACCUCAGCUCAAUGUCGCUCGGAAGCUGUUGUCUCAGGUUUGCGCCAUAGCCGACUCUGGAAUGCAAAACCUAGAUUUGGGCCGUUUUGCAAACGUUGACUUCAUCAUUUUAGUUCCUGCAUCGGAGGUUCUUUUCCAUCAGACUCUGCAACGUAUUAGACAUUCAGGAGUACUUGUAGAUUUGGGGCUUGAGGAAAAUAAUACAGCCGACCAAAAGGCUGAGAAAUAUAUUAUCCGACUAGACCAUGACAUUCAGAACAAAUUUGAGGCUUUCAUGAAAAAGGUCAAACAGAAUCCAUACACACUCUUUGUUCUUAUUCAUGACAAUUCUCAUGUUGAUCUCACAAGUCUUGUUCCAGGCUCUACAACUCACGGGGAAGCCAGCCAAGGUCUGUCAGAUAAGUUUAUUAAUUCACGUGAGGCACUUGAAGCGUGCAACUUACUUAUGUUGCAGGUCAGCUCCUUUCCUUUCACUCUACAGACACAGCAAUCCCGUGUUAGCUCAGACAAUGAAGUACAUUGGCUAUUAUCCAGCAAUCCUGAGGAACUAAGCAACGAAGAGUUGGUAUAUUUUGGUUUGUCCGAUUAUAGCAAGUCUUUGCAAUGGGGCAUUACAAGCCCAAUACUGAGAUGUGAUGAGGCUUUCGAAAGAAUGGUGAAUACAUUGAUGGAAAGGUAUCCUAGGUUGCACAGUAUGGUGAUCAGAUGCUACCUGCUGAUUCAGCAGUAUGCUGAAGCCAUGAUGGCUGUCACAUCGAUGAACCUGUUGAGGGAGCACACCACCCCCGAGACCCUGAGCAUCGUGGAUGACUUGAUCAGCUGCCCCGGGAAAGACGAGAUUGGCCGCGGACACAUGCUCCUGAUACGGGUCCCAUCAGUGCAGCUGGCGAUACUUGCCAAGGAGCGGCUCCAGGAUGUCCGAGACAAGCUCGGCCUGCAGUAUCGGUUUGAAGUCCUUCUGGGCAAUCCAGCUGGGGAGCUCAGCGUUGCCAAGCACUUUGUCGCACGGAUGAAGGGAUGGAGAGGGUGUGAGCAGAAUGACUGGACACCACUCACCUAUCAGGAUCUGGAGGGUCUACCAUGUAUUGUCAUUUUAACUGGUAAAGAUCCACUUGGGGAAUCAUUUCCACGGUCCAUGAAGUACUGUGAUCUUAGGCUAAUUGACUCCAGCUACCUUACACGAACAACCCUUGAGCAAGAGAUUGGCCUUGCUUGCGGCUAUGUUUCUAAAAGUGCUGUCAGAGAAACCAUGGCAAUUUUCGAAGGAACGGAGAAGGAGCAUGAGAAGUUUCUUACCAGUGAGAAUGAAUCUGAUGAAUUACAGAUCGAUCUAGAGAGACCACAAAGUAACAGCAGUGCAGUCACUGGAACUUCAGGGUCCUUGGCAGAGAAUGGUGUGAGCUCAUCCAGUGUGCUUGACUCAUCACAGAGGCCUGCUUCAUCUCUUAGCUUUCAGAAUAUUGUGAACAGUUCAAUUGAUGAAGGCACGUCAACACACACUUCACACAUCUCGACCACUGUGGGCAGUGAGGGCUGCAAGCAGGAAAAUGACUUGGAAGGAAAGGAAACAGCAAGCAGCACAGUUUCAAAAUCUUCCUCAUCCUCUGGGAAUUCUCGGCAAUCCAUACUGGUCAACAAGGACCUGAGGACUCCACGUCUCAUCUUUCCAAGAACUGUAAUUUUAUCAAAACCAGUGUAUCAUCUCCUUGGUUCAGCAAGAAAUGAGCACCUGUGUUCUGCCUCUUUGUUGCCCCAUGCUGAUGUGACUUGGACAAGCCCACUGAGAUCACUUUUCCACAAGGAAUUGAGCAGUGAAGAGCAGUCACUCUACUACAGACAGUGGACAUUUCCCAGGCAACAUCAUGCGGACUAUAGCAAUAAAAGCGAGGGAAGUUCUGGAAAUUUCCACCGACGCCGAUUGUUAUUGACUGGACCUCCACAGGUUGGAAAGACUGGUGCUUACUUGCAGUUCCUUAGAAUUCUUUUUCGCAUGCUAAUAAGGCUCUUAGAGGUUGAUGUAUACAAUGAAGAAGAAAUUAACGAAGACACGAAAGAUUCAAAUGAGUAUGCACAGGGUAUUAAUGCACAGUGGCCUGAUAUUGAACUCUUCAGUAAAAUGACCUUUGAUUACACGGUACAUGAUCCAAAGUAUCGCCAUAUCAGUGCUGUCUACUCAGCCAAGUUGCCAAAGAUUAAGCUAGAAGGUGGUAAAAAACGCAGCCUGAACGAAGGAUCAACAAAACGAGAGACAGUCUCGAUAAUGCUAACUAAAUAUGCUGCAUACAACACAUUCCAUCAUUGUGAGCACUGCCACAACUACAUUGACUUCAACCCAGCCACACAGGUGUCUGAUUCCACACUACAUGCAUUUACGUUUUCUUCCUCCAUGCUGGGAGAGGAAGUUCAGCUUCACUUUAUUAUUCCAAAGUCAAAGGAGCAGUAUUUUAUCUUCAGCCAGCAGGGUAAACAUCUGGAGAGCAUGCGUCUACCUCUUGUCACAGAUAAGAAUCCAAAAUUAGUGAAGAGUCCCAUCUUUACACCAACUACAGGACGGCAUGAGCAUGGUCUUCUGAAUCUCUACCAUGCCAUAGAGGGUGCAAAUCACCUUCAUAUCCUUGUGGUUAAAGAGUUUGAAAUGCCACUCUAUCGAAAGUACUGGCCCAACUACAUUAUGUUGGUAUUACCAAGCAUGUUCAAUGAAGCAGGGGUCGGUGCUGCCCACUUUCUAAUCAAAGAACUUUCAUAUCACAACUUGGAGUUGGAAAGGAAUCGCCAGGAAGAGAUAGGGGUGAAACGGCAGUGUGUGUGGCCAUUUAUACUUGUCAUGGACGAUUCUUGUGUCCUGUGGAAUGUCCACAAUGUGCAGGAAUUGAGCAGUGAAACAAAAGAUUCCGCAGUUUCCACAAAGAAUGUUUCCUUGAAGUUCGUAAUGCAGCACAUUGAAGCCACACCAAAGAUCACUCAUUAUGCACUCUGUGGGAUUCGAAAGUGGAACAGCAAACUGAACACUAGCAAACUGAGGACAGCAUUCUCUCAUUGUCACAUGCAUGACUUUAUAUUCCUCAAUGUCGACCUGACACAAAAUGUACAGUAUGAUCUGAGCAGAUAUAUCUGUGAAGACAUUGAUUUCAAUUUACGGACAAAUAGCAGUGGUUUGCUCCUUUGUCGAUUCAAUCACUUCAGUUUCAUGAAGAAAUGCAUUCAGGUUGGAGGACACAAAGAUUUUGUUAUAAAGCCUAAGAUUAUGGUGAUUGAAAGCCUCAAUAUUAUUUCAGCCUCGCAGUACGUCUGUGCUCCAGACAGUGAAAGCACAAUGCUGGCUGCACCUGCCCAGUUUCUCCUGGAGAAGUUUCUGCAACACACUAGUUACAAACUCUUUCCUAAAGCUAUACACAACAGUAAGAAUCCGGUGUUGUCCAUUGACUGUUACAUGAACCUGGGUCCUGAGAUUUCUGUAUGCUACGUAAGCUCACGGCCUCACUCAGUUAACAUAAAAUCCGAGGAGGUAUUGUUCAGUGGACUCCUUCUCUACCUCUGCGACUCGUUUGUUGUUGCUGACUUUCUCAAGAAAUUCAUGUUUCUUAAAGCUGCCACACUCUGUGUGAUUUGCCAAGAUCGAAGUUCAUUACGUCAAACUAUCGUACGUCUAGAAUUGGAAGACGAAUGGCAGUUUCGGCUACGUGACGAGUUUCAGACGGCCAACAGCAGUGACGAUAAACCACUUUAUUUUUUGACCGGACGGCAUAUUUAAGUUCAGUUCACAAGACAAGAAAUAGCAGGUGAGGGUUAACGGGUGCCAUAAGUGAGAACCUGAUGGAGCACAAUUUAUAAUUCCAAGCCAAAGGUGAAGUGGCACAUGCGCAGAAACAAAUAUCGGAUUUUUUGUUUGGUUACCUGACCACCGUCACUUCAUCGAACAUCUACAUCAGAACAGAGACAGCGUGAUCAGUGCAUAAGAAGGGUCUAUGACCUGCACUCUGCUACUUCUGUAACUCCGGGAGAGAGUUUAGUGUGCGACUUGCAGGGAAACUGGCAUUGCACAUGGUAUGAUAUAUCAACCCUUUCAAUGUGGGGGAAAAAAGGCAGUGCGAGCUGCAGAAUGUAUUUUUUUUUCAGAACCGGUCAAACCUAUGAUUAUUCAAGAAUAUAUCCAAAAUAGACCUGGAUCCAAAAAAAAAGGAACUACU